GGUUUGUAGCCAGGGCCACAUACAGUUAGACUCAAUCUGCCCAUAAGUAACCUGGCUGUGUGUAUAUAUAGAUAUAUAUUCAUAGCUAAUAUAUAAUUUAUAAGACAGAGCUGUCAGGCAGGCACAUGACACAGCAGCCUCCCCUGGCCAUGAGGCUGUGAUCUAGCAGUGCUCGGGUCACUGUGCAGCCUCUCCCCCCAGCUCUGAGCAGUGAAGCCCCCUGGCAAAGCAGCACAGAGGGAUGGUGGUAGUUUCGGGGCAGACUGAAAACAGAGGGACCCUUGACGAUGCCAUGUCGAGUUCUGAUGCUGAGGAUGAGCUGAUCGAGCCUGCUACGCCCACCCCGAGCAGUGCCACCUUCUCCUUGCAGGGCAAGCUACUCCCGCUGCAGCUUCCUGAAGUAAUUCCACUUAAUGUGGGAGGGAUGUGCUUCACGACUAGACUAUCGACGCUUCAGAGGUAUGAGGACACCAUGUUGGCUGCCAUGUUCAGUGGGCGCCAUUAUAUCCCAACAGAUGCUGAAGGCAGAUAUUUCAUUGACAGAGAUGGAACAUGUUUUGGAGACAUCCUGAACUUUCUGCGCUGCGGAGAGCUGCCUCCACGAGAUCGUGUGAAAAAAGUGUACAAGGAAGCUCAGUACUACUCAAUUGGUCCCCUAGUGGACAGUCUAGACAAACUGCAGCCACUUACUGGGGAGAAAGUAAGGCAGGCGUUUCUGGACCUGAUGCCAUAUUAUAAAGACCACUUAGAGCGCAUCAUCGAAAUUGGAAAACUUCGCGCUAUGCAACGGAAGGCCCGCUUUGCAAAGCUGAAAGUUUGCGUGUUUAAAGAAGAGAUGCCAAUCACCCCUUAUGAAUGUCCUCAAUUCAACACACUGCGUUUUGAAAGGAGUGAGAAUGAGACAAAACAUUUUGAGCACCACUGUGAUGUUGAUGUGUCCUUUGGACCUUGGGAAGCUGUUGCCGAUGUAUAUGACCUCCUUCAUUGCAUAGUUACUGAUUUGUACGAGAGAGGCAUCACAGUGGAGCAUCAAUGUAUUGGAGUAUGUGACAAACAUCUCAUAAAUCAUUAUUAUUGCAAGCGCCCCAUCUAUGAAUUCAAGAUUACUUGGUGGUGAAACAUUAUUGUAGGUAUAAUAUUUUAUGGACCAAAUUUCUGCUCACAUUGUAAGUUUGAUUGUGUUUCAAACUAGGUUGUGAGAAGACAACUAAAAGGUGAAAUAUGAAGGAAAGCCUGAAAUUAUGUCUAAAGUAUGUAGACAGCUGCAACAAAAAGACGAUCAUUCCUUCAAAACAUCAAUACUGGAUAUUCUAUAAUAAGUGUGUUACUAAUGGAAGAUAAUAUAGAAAACUGAAGUAUAUUUGAAAGCCAGCUUGGACAUACAAUAUCAAGUGCACAGUAAUUUCUGGAUUAAUGGAAAAAGAGGAACACAUAUUGACAAUUAAAAAAUAACUAGGAGCAGUGGAUAAUUAUAUAGAUUGUUUUUAUUUGAACAUAAUGGUAAAAUUGGAUAGGAAUUAGGAGAUCAAGUGCAUGCAUUUAAAUUAAUAGCAUAUCUUCUUUUCUGUUGUCACUCCAUUUCUGUCUACUGGUUGGAGUUGACCCUCUAAAUUUCCAUAGGGUGCUGCAAAUCAACAUGGUCAAUGGCUUUGAUUCCCAUGAAUUGCUUUAUAGUAUCUGUUGAUAAGUUAUUGUGACUACUAAGUACUUGAAAACAGUGCGUAUACCCUGUGCAAGAUCUUGUAUUGGGUGGAGGAUGGUUAUUCUUUGUUACA